AUGUGUUUUGAGGAUACUGAUGACAACAUUAAAGAACAAAUUACUUGUUUACUUAAUGAUGAGAAUACGUAUUUCGCUUCUUCACAAGCAGAAUCGAUAGAAGAGUUGAUUUUUUUUUGGAGAAUAUUUUCGAAACGUAUGGAUAUAGAGAGCGCAAAUCAAUUUGCAAGUAAAUUCGUACACCUUUUAGGGGAACAUAUUUUUUCCCAGAAUUAUACUUCUAAAAGCAAGAUUAAACGUUUUUACACUCAUCAUGAAAAUCCUUUUAUAGUUUACUUGCAUAUUUUAUAUUUGAAAUUCAAUCUAAAGAACUUUUCUGGUCCAAUUUCCUGUACAUAUCUUUUAAGCAUCUUAUUUGGUGAUGGCAAUACAGAAUUUUCAAAGUUUUUAUAUAGAAUACACGUUUUUGAAAUUCAGAAUAUGCUUCUUUUACUAUCCUCAUAUUAUUUAAACAUUAAUUGGUCAUAUGUUUGCAGAUUGAUGCCAGGGAUAUCUAAAUUUUAUUCUAAUGAUUCACACUUUGUUCAAAGUAAUAGACGUGGAAAUGGAGCUUCAAAUAUACGUGAAAUAGAUUCCAAUUUGCCUAGUUACUCUAUUCAUUUAAGCUCAUUUUGGAUUUUGAGGGAUUCUAUUUAUAUUGUGCUUUCGUUAAUUUAUUUCUCAAGAAAUAAAAACCUAAACGACUUUAUAAUUGACAAUUAUUGUGGCUUACUGAAAGACUUGACUUACCAGAAAACUCUGUUGCUAACCGGACCUAAAAUUUCAAAUAACAAUAAAAGACUUCCCAGUUUAUUAAAAUUAAAGGAGAGAUCUUGUAUCACCUCGGCAAUUCCUUUGUUAGAUGUGCUAAUGCAAUUUCUGUUAAACUCAAAUGAGAAAGAAAUUGUUAUUAAUGAAAUAAUAUCUAGGAUAUCUAACGAACAUCUAGUCGAUUCUGGAAUAUAUUUGAAAGAUACCAAUUUUAAUAACAGCGAACAUAAUUUAGGGAUUUGCAUAGCAAAUCCACAAUUUGGGAUUACUUUAAGAGCUUCUUACAAAUUUCCCAAUUAUAAUACAUGUAUUGAUAUAUUACUCAAGGGUGGAGAGUUUCUAUUUGUUUAUCCAAAACCGAACUUUUUUGAUCGUUUAAUAAGGAAAAUAAAAGAUAAUACUUUUAAUGUAGGAAUGGAUAGUAUAAGCAAUAAAAAUAUUGGUGAAAACAGACUGAGCACUUUAUUAGAAGAAUUUUUUCCAAAAAUAAUACUCAGGUUAUCAAAGGACUUUAAAUAUCUAAUAAUUGAAGAGAUAUCGAGUGAAACUGAAAAGAAUCUUAAGAACUCAUUUACGAUUGUUGAUAGAAGGAAAGAAAUUCGUUCUAUCUUUAAAAGAAGGCCAAAAAAAAAAAAAAUUCCCGUUGAAAAUAUUGUCUCUACAAACAUUGGCUACCCAUCGAAGCCUGAAUCGAUUCCGAUGCCAAGUCCAGGUGUAAUUCGAUCUUGUUUUUGUUGCUUUCAAAAUGAAUUUGAUGAUACUUUAUUAUUUUAUAGAACACUGAACAUCCAAACAAAGAAAAGAUGUUUUAAAUUUCUUUCCGUUAAAGUUAAAGAUUUGUGUGUUAAACAAUGGCAUGCUAUUAUUAGGCAAUUUAUCGAUUUAAAAUUUUAUCAAAUUUCAACAAAUAAUACAAUUUCAAAAAGCUUAAUUAAGAUAACUAAAAACAAGAAAUAUAACAAGAUUAACAGCUUGCAGCUUAAUUUAUACAAAAUAACCGAGAAAUGGUAUGAAGAGGUUCUUGCAAAGUGGGAAAUUCAUUGGAAUUGUAAUUCAAUUCCUGUUUCAGUUCAUAAUCUGUCUCUGAAUGCUAAUCAACAUAUUAAUAAGAAUAGAAACGAGUCGGGGUAUACAAAGCAAAAUUUUGGGAAAUAUCUAAAAAAUAUUUCUCAAACAUCUCAAUUAGAUAAUUUUAAUCUCUGGUUUUUUGGCUCUCAUUUGUUAAACCAGAAUACUAGUAUGCAUAUAUUUGUGAAUAAACCCAAACUAACCGCACUAAAAUCUCUUCAAAACUUAAAAGGGUAUUCGAUAGAAAAUAUUUGCCCUAUUGAGUAUGGAAGUAGCGUAUCCAACUGGAUUAAUUUUCUGCAAUAUAAACUAUAUAGUUCAUAUCCUUUGCACACAUUCCCAAUUAUUGAUAGGGGAGUAAGAUUUGGAGCACCCAAUUCGCAGCUUUUGAGCGAUUUAUGGUCUUUUGGAAUUCCGAGUAACUUAAGGACAAAAAUUUGGGAGAUAGCAUUGGGCAAUGAUUUAAAGGUAUCUAACGAACUUUUUAAAAUUUUAAAUUUACAGAGUAAAUUAAAUAUAGAAAAAAAUGGUAAUUGUUUAAUGAAUUCCCUCAUUUUUCGUUAUGCGCUUGAAAUACAAUAUAUUUUUUAUAACAAAAGAAGGAAUUCUGAUAUAGGAAAGAAGUUAUCGCCAUACAUUGAAAGGAAGGUUGAGAUUUUGAAUUCUUCUGCGUCACUGUACUAUCCAUACUUUUUUUCACAACGAUGUGGGUUUGCAAAGGAAUUCGACUAUUCAACUUUUAAGUACGAAGAAACUUACAAUUCAACCCCGUUAAUAAAUACUGAUGAAUAUUUUAUUGAUAUAAAUAGUGUUCAUAUUUCGAAGAAAAUCAUAAAGACGGACUCAUUAGAAAAUGAAUUUUUUACUGAAAGAAAUGAUUUUGAACAGUUGUACAAUUCUAAUGAUGCCCAGUUUAUAAAUGAUUUCAAUGCGAAUAGAGUGCCUAAUUUAGAUUUUUCUUCGUUUGAGGCAUUAACAUUAACUAGAUUUAUUCAAUACCAUGAAGUUUCAAAAACUCAUGAUUCAUUUUUCCAAGAAAAUAUAGACUUAUCCAAGAGGAAUUGUGAUCAUGGGAACUCAAGUUCUAUCACGAUAAUUAAAGGACUACUUGAUACUAUUGGUGCAUUAAUAUUACACAUACCUAACAUUGGUUUCCAACCCUGCAUAAUCAACUAUCUAUCUGUAUUUUUGAUGUAUAUGGAUCCGCCUAGCGCAUUUAAAUGUAUGUUAAAUUUGAUCAAUUCUUUUGAUGUUCUCUUUAUUUCAAAUGAUUUAACUUCUUUAAAUGCGUUUGAUAGUUUUGAGAGAUGCUCAUUAGGAUUAUUAUCUGAAUCUUCAACUGAAAGCUUUCUUUUGAAUUCGCAAUACUAUAAUCAGUUUCUAUAUAGUAAUGAUAAUAUUUGGAUUUUAUUUUCUCAUAUUUUCCAAAGCUUUGUAUAUUCAAAAUUACCUCAGCUUUACCAGCACUUGUUAUAUACAAUUGGGAUAAGUUUUGAAAAUAUAGUUAUUCCAUGGUUCAGACAUAUUUUUAUGGAUACUUUAUCGCUUCCUGUUGUGCUUGUUAUUUGGGAUAAUUUCCUUUUAAUUGGACUACCUUUACUUUUUCAGGCUGGCCUUUCCCUAUUAAAGCUUUGUGAACCACAGAUUUUGAAAUGCGAACGUAUAAUAGAUGCCUUAAAUCUUCUAUUAAACAAUUGUGACUAUAACUCAUUCGUAAUUAAGCCUGAUUCGUUCGCUGCCACACUAAGGGAAAUGCAAAAAGUAUGUGACAUAACCGAGAUCACAUCUAUUGUAUCACAAUACAAGUUGAUCGAACAAAAAAGAUGGAUAUUGAGAAGCCAGCAGGCGGUUAGGAACUACUUACUUAGUCAAGGAUAUUACUGUACUUCCACUCCUAAUACUCCCAAAGGGAGAUAG